GAGAAGCAGAGAAUCAACGGUUCGUUUCAACGCCGCAGGCGUGGUAGAUCAGUGACGACGAACUGGCUGGUUGACGGACAGUGCGCGAAUCAACAAAGUAACGCCUCUUUCUUGAAGAUUAAUUCCAUCCGGCGCCGGAGCGUGUAACGUGUCAUGAUAUACGCGACUAUGCGAUUGCACAACGUGACUAAGCGUGAUGCAAAAAUUGAUCAGAUAAUAGGAGCUGAAUCGUGUGGUCUCUAUAUCAUGGAAUAAUUGCUUAGUGGGAGCAAUAACUCGCUGGUGGGAGUAGAAAUGUAUGAGACUUCACGUUCGAACUAACUCAUCUUUUGUCAUUAGCAUUGUGGGUCUGACGCGAGGAGCGACAAGUGUCAGGUAGAUGUGUAAAUUUUAUCCUACGCAAUCAUGAAUAACGAUAAUCAGCUGAAAACUAUCGAGUUGCGGGAGUUGCAGCCGUUACUGAGACUCUCGUUUGACGAUCGCCUGAUUGUGGUGCGUUAUACUACCAAGAGCCUGCUACCGCCCGGCGAGAAUUACGGUAGCACUAUCCUGAGUAUUCACGCUAUUAUCAAGCGUGACAACAAUGCGGACGAGGAGGAUCUUCAUCUUGUGGCGAAGAUGUCACCGCCGACAAAUUACCAGCGGGAAAUGUUCGACAGUCCGUACACUUUCAAAAAAGAGAUCUUUAUGUACGAGAAUAUAGUGCCUUACUACAAUCAGUUAGAGAGAAAAGCUGGUCUGAAGGAGGAUCAGUUAUUCGACAUACUGCCCAAGUAUUAUAAAUCGCGGAUGUCACUGGAUCCGGAAGUUGAUUUCGACGACAACGCAGUUAUCCUGAUGGAGAAUUUGACAGUGCGUGGUUAUUAUAUUGGCGACAGAACUAAAGGCUACGAUCUUGAGCACUCGAGACUUGCGAUACGCACAUUGGCGAGGUUCCACGCACUGGGUAUGGCGGUCAAGGAAAAGAAACCGGAGUACUUCGAGGUGUUGAAAAAACGCGCCAAGUGUGUGGACUUUAAAUUCGACGAAUUCAAAGAGAUACAUACACAGCUACUGGACAGGAUAGAGAGCGAUCCGGAUAUACGUCCGUAUCUCGAUCGAUGCAGAGUGGUCUUAGGCGUGGAAGACGGUGCGAAAGAAUUCUUUACUGCCGUGCCCGACGAGCCAUGGUCAACUAUCAUUCACUCGGACUUUUGGGUGAACAACAUCAUGUUUCACAAGGACGAGGAAGGUCGUGUGGAUGACAUCAAGUUCGUAGACUUCCAGAACUAUUUGUUCCUUAAUCCGAUCCGCGAGAUGGUUUUUUAUCUGAUCUCCAGUACGACCGAGGACGUGCAAGAAAAUCAUAUCGAAGAGCUGAUAGAUCUCUAUCACGAGACAAUGAUAAGCGUGUUAGAACGUAUGGAUUGCGACACACAGCCGUACUCAAGGAAGGAAUUCGACGCCAAGCUACUGAGUGACGCUAAGCUCGAAUUCAUGCACAUAUGCUUCAUGCUCAAAGUUCUCACACUGGACACGCAGGAAACUGAGUUCAAUUACGAUAAGAUUCAUGAUGUCAUGCUUGAGUAUCAAGGCAAUCAGGCGUCGGCUCUACGGCUACGUAAAACCGUGUUGCGAUUCGUUAAAUACAAUUGGAUCUAGGAUCAGAUAUAUAGAUAAUUUUUUUCUAAUGUAUCAAACGCGCAUUAUGUAUUUGAUAUAUGAAGUGACGCGUGCAUUGUUGUGCACAUUAUCAUUGAUGAUAACAUGUUAUCUACAUAUAUACAUAUUGUUUCUUCAUUAGAUCGUAUAUACAACUCAUUAAAAAAGUUCAACAAUAAGCUACAUGGAAAAAGAUAGAAAGGUUUUAUGGAUUCAAUAAAUAUAAAAAGAAAAAAAUA